UCGACAAGGGUCUGUAUCUGAAAGGAGAAUGCCGGAGGUUAUACGAUAUGAAAAUCCGAGUAUUCAAAUCUUUAUCAAGAGUGGACAUCAGUUUUUGGACAAGGUUCGGAGUUUCCUUGCAACUGCUGUACGAGAGAACAAGAUUCAACAAGAAAGGGCAAGAGACUAUUUCAAAGAGAUAUUGCACAUAAUAUUAUUUUAUGGCCAGAUUAAUCUUCCUAAGAUUGAUCCAGAAGAAAUAUUGCAGGAAAGUAACCGUCAAUUAUCUGCAAGGUAUCCAGAUGUCUUUGAGAUGUGCCGCACCCACGUUCCAAAACGUCCCCCUUUCACAGUGCUACUUGAUGCGAUUGUUGAAAUUGUCGGAACAAGACAUGAAGAUAAUGUUUUGCGAUGUCUGUUGUUGGAGAUAAAUCAUAUGGAAAUUCCUAAUGGUAACACACUAUGCCGGAAUAUUUUUGUAUCAACAGUUAUUAACUUGUGCUAUUUUUCUGAUGAGCAUAUGGGAGGUAAAACACUCAAUUACUUUGGUGCUUCAGUGUCAUGUAGAGGAGCUAGACAGAGAGAAAUAAUGAUCGAUACAUUGUGCUGCUAUACAUGGCACCGUGACAUUAGCUGGGCAGUAUGUGUCGCAAAUCAGUACAAUCAAGAUGCCUUUAGAUUUCCUCCUCGUGUCCACUCGAUGGCAUUUAACAUAUGCACUAAUAGACAAAGCACUCAGGCAAGCCAACGUGUUGAAAAUCUUCUGGCUGGAUUCAGGGAUCAGCAAGUGCCAAGGUUUCUUCAAAUUGUCAGAGAUCUCAGGCAAUUUGGAUCCUUAAUUCCCAGAGCACCUUGUGAAAGGUGCUUUGACAUGUUCCCAAACAUUCAGUUUUAUCCAUUUCCACAAGCUCAUGAACCUGCUCAUUGGGAAUAUGGAAACUGUGCAGAGUGUGAAUCACUCAGCCAGCUUCUGAAGUCGCAUGAGCAAAUUGUCACAAGGCUGCGUCGUAACCCAUUUCAAAUUGGACAUGAUGAAUUAAUAAAUGCAAAAAAUAGACGACUUCGACGAAACCUCCAACUGUUAGAGUUUAGAUUCAGGGGUGUAGUUCCAUUUUGAAGAUAAUCAAUUAUGAAGAGAUCUGCCUGGAAAGAUUCCUAAAUUGAAAGCAUAUUAGAAUACACAGUAUGUCAUGUUCCUGAUCAACCUACUAAUAAGUAUACUGCU